GGCCCAGGUAGGCGGCGGCGGCCUGGCAGGGCAGGUCCCUCCGGCAGCCAGGCUGGAGACUCCCCGGCGGGCGCCGCUAGCGCAGGACGCCUGGGUUCCGCUCGGGGACUCGUGGGUCCCCGCCCUCUCCGUGCCUCAGUUUCCCCCUCUGCGCAGCGGGCUAAGGCGCUCCGCAAAGCGCUAGGGUGCUGGGAUAUUAGAGGCAGGUCCAAUGUAUUUUGCUGAGAUCCAGUGGGCUCUGCUGGACCCCGCUCCAAGGCCCAUCUACAGGGACAUGGUUCCGGAGAACUACGGGACGCUCCUUUCUCGGGAUAGUGGAAUUAUUAACCCAGCCCUGCAGCAGGGAGGCCCCGAGACAGCACAGUCCCAUGGGACGUUACCAGGGAUGAGAUCUGAAGGGAACGUUUACCAGGCCCCAGGCCACGCAGCCACCUGCCAGACCCAGGCCAGGCCAGCAGGAAAGCCAUGGAGCAAAAUGGCUGCCGACAGCGAGGGCCUGAAGAAACUCAAAGAGGGCAGCGCUGCCCUGCAGCGGGUCCAGGCUCUGCCUCUCCCCCAUCCUGGAGGGAGCCAGACCGUGUGCACCCAGUGUGGGGGCAGUUUCAGCCAAAGCCCUGCCCAGCUGCCGCCGCAGCCACCCCAGCUGCGGAUCCCGGCAGCAGAGAGAUUCUACCAGUGCGCUGACUGCGGGAAGAGCUUCUCGGUCAGCUCGCACCUGACCAUCCACCAGCGGAUCCACACGGGGGAGAAGCCCUACCGGUGUGGUGAGUGCGGGAAGAGCUUCAGCCAAAGCUCCACCCUGGUGCUGCAUCGGCGCACCCACACCGGGGAGAAGCCCUACAAGUGCACCGAGUGCGGGCGGAGCUUUGCUGUCAGCUCCCACCUGGCCAAGCACCAGCGCACCCACACGGGAGAGAAGCCCUACCAGUGCCACCACUGCGGGAAGCGGUUCAGCCAGAGCUCCACCCUCAAUCUCCACCAGCGGACCCACACUGGGGAGCGGCCAUACCGCUGCGCCGAGUGCGGACGGGGCUUCUCUGUCAGCUCCCACCUGACCAUCCACCGGCGGAUCCACACGGGGGAAAAGCCCUACCGGUGCGGCGAGUGUGGCAAGAGCUUCCGUCAGCGAUCAGGGCUAAUCACCCACCAGAGAAGCCAUGCAGGUGGGAAGCCCUACAAGUGCACGGAGUGUGGCAAGGGCUUCAGCCAGAGCUCCCACCUGAUGCGCCACCUUGGUACCCACACGGGGGAGAAGCCCUACAAGUGUGGGGCCUGCGCCAAGAGCUUCACCCAGAACUCCAACCUGCUGCAGCACCAGCGCAUGCACACAGGCGAGAAGCCUUACCACUGCCCGCAGUGCGGCAAGCGCUUCUCCUGGAGCUCCAACCUCAUCCAGCACCAGCGCCUCCACACCGGCCAGAAGCCCUUCCAGUGCGCCCAGUGCGGCAAGCGCUUCUGUGAGAGCUCCCGCCUGCUGGAGCACCAGCGCAUUCAUACCGGCGAGAAGCCCUACCGCUGCCUGCAGUGCGCCAAGAGCUUCAGCCGCAGCUCCCACCUCAUCCGCCACCAGCGCAUCCACACCGGUGAGCGCCCCUACAAGUGCACCCAGUGUGGGAAAAGCUUCAGCCAGAGCUCGGCGCUCAUCCUACACCACGGGACCCACGCGGCCAACCCGCUAUGAGCAGCCUGCCAGGGGAGGCAUGGGGGGGAGGGUUUGGUGCACUGUUCGUGCCUUGUUAGAGACCCACGCUGGGAAUAAAGACACGCUGGGCACGUGGGCAAAGGGUUCCCGUGGGAAUGCAACGCUAAUUACGCCUCGGACACAGGUGAGCUCAGGGCUUAUUACACCUGGGAGAAUCCACAGGGGACACGUGGACAAAGGGCUUCUGUGGGAGAUCAAUGCUUAUUAGAUCUUGGAGGAUCAUAUGGGAUGGUGACCGCGGAGACAGGGGAACUCCGUUUGUGACACCUCGGAGAGUUCACGUGAGAUGGUGACCAUGGAUAUGGGGGAGUUCAGCACUUGUGCCACCUCGGAGAGUUCACGUGGGAUGGUGACCAUGGACAUGGGGGAACUCAGUGCUUGUAACACCUUGGAGAGUCCACGUGGGAUGGUGACCGUGGAUAUGGGGGAGCUCAGUGCUUGUAACCUCGGAGAGUCCCUGGGGGGCAGGGGAGGGGAAAGAGACACUUUGCCCACCUGGGGGAAAGAUUCCUUUUGAAUUCACAACGUAUUCCACAUGUCCCAGCAAAGAGAAAUCCGGAGCAGGAAGUUUAAUCAUAGUGGACAUGUCUGCUGUGGAUCUGUGUUGCGCUCGUUGGUACCUUAGCUGCUGACAGAGUGGAAACCAUGGGAGAAAAGUGUAUGCCGGGGGAGGAGGGUGUGUGUGGUUACGCCCAGCAGAGACUCCGCUCGGGGAGAGAUCACUAACCUUGAAGAACAAUAAACUCAAGAAAUUCAACUUC